CCCGUUAGACGCGCCAGGCUCCGCCGCUCCGGGCUCCUCCAUCCACCGGAGACACCUGAACUCAGAUACACACGCGAAUUCCCGAGCGCACACGUACACCAGCAGACAGCGCUUUGUGCGGAAGGGUGCGUCACACACAGCCAGCCGCUCACACUAUCCGCUAAUUGCCGCCAGAACAUGGACACGUACGGUAACACCAACAAGAAGCAGAAGGUGAACAACGCCUCUGAGAGCUUGGGAAUGCAACGUGCAACUAAUGUCACCUAUCAGGCUCAUCACGUGAGCCGAAACAAGCGCGGGCAGGUUGUGGGAACACGAGGAGGGUUCAGAGGAUGCACGGUUUGGUUGACUGGUUUGUCUGGUGCCGGGAAGACCACAGUGAGCAUGGCUCUGGAGGAGUACCUGGUGUGUCACGGCAUUCCCUGCUACAGCCUUGACGGGGACAACAUUCGUCAAGGGCUGAACAAGAACCUGGGUUUCAGCCCAGAGGACCGGGAAGAGAACAUUCGACGCAUUGCUGAGGUGGCCCGGCUUUUUGCUGAUGCUGGGCUGGUCUGCAUCGCCAGCUUCAUCUCUCCCUACAACAGGGAUCGAGUCAAUGCGAGGAAGAUCCAUGAGGCUGCAGGGCUGCCUUUCUUUGAGGCGUUUGUGGACGCUCCACUGGACGUGUGUGAGCAGAGGGACGUGAAGGGACUGUACAAGAGGGCUAGAGCGGGCGAAAUAAGAGGUUUCACUGGAAUUGACUCGGAGUACGAGAAACCAGAGUCUCCAGAGCUGGUGCUGAAGACCGACUCCUGCAGCGUGAACGAGUGCAUACAGCAGCUGAUUGACCUGCUUCAGGAGAGGGACAUAGUUCCUGUUGAUGCAUCCUAUGAAGUGAAGGAGCUUUACAUUCAGGAGAACAAACUGGACCUGGCUAAGGCUGAUGCAGAGACUCUGCCUGCUGUGCAGAUCACCAAGCUGGACAUGCAGUGGGUGCAGGUGCUGGCUGAAGGCUGGGCCACUCCUCUGAACGGUUUUAUGAGGGAGAGAGAAUUCUUACAGUGUCUCCAUUUUGACUGUCUGCUGGAUGGUGGCGUCAUCAACCUGUCCGUGCCUGUGGUGCUGCCAGUGGCUACCACAGAUAAAGAGCGUCUGGAUGGGGUGACGGCCGUGGCCCUGGUCUAUGGAGGCAGGCGAGUUGCCAUCCUUCGCAACCCCGAGUUUUAUGAACACCGCAAAGAAGAGCGCUGUGCUCGACAGUGGGGCACCACUUGCAAGGACCACCCCUACAUUAAGAUGGUGAUGGAGAGCGGGGACUGGCUGGUCGGCGGAGACCUGCAGGUUCUGGACAAGAUCUCCUGGAACGACGGACUCGACAAAUACCGGCUGACACCCACUGAGCUCAAACAGAGGUUUAAAGAAAUGAAUGCAGAUGCUGUUUUUGCCUUCCAGCUCCGCAACCCGGUCCACAAUGGCCACGCUCUUCUGAUGCAGGACACACACAAGCGUCUCAUCGAGCGAGGCUACCGCCGACCCGUGCUGCUGCUCCAUCCACUGGGAGGGUGGACUAAGGACGACGAUGUGCCGUUGCCUUGGCGAAUGAAGCAGCAUGCUGCCGUGCUGGAGGAGGGCGUCCUGAAUCCAGAAUCCACCAUCGUUGCCAUCUUUCCUUCACCCAUGAUGUAUGCCGGGCCAACUGAGGUUCAGUGGCACUGCAGAUCUCGAAUGGUAGCCGGUGCCAAUUUCUACAUCGUUGGCCGUGACCCUGCAGGGAUGCCCCACCCUGCCACGGGGAAGGACCUGUAUGAACCCUCUCACGGGGCCAAGGUCCUCACCAUGGCUCCCGGCCUCAUCACCCUGGAGAUCGUCCCCUUCAAGGUUGCUGCUUACAACAAGGUCAAGAGAGCGAUGGAUUUUUAUGACCCUCAGAACCACCAAGACUAUGAUUUCAUCUCAGGUACGCGUAUGCGGAAGAUGGCGCGCGAGGGAGAGAAUCCCCCAGACGGCUUCAUGGCGCCAAAGGCCUGGGCCGUGUUGAAAGAGUACUACAAGUCACUGGAGAAGGCCGAGUAAAGGUCGAGUGUGUGAGGAAGCCACACGGGAACACAGUGAUUUCUACUGAUGUUUACAACGACGUGUGGACCACUCAGCUUCUAUCAAACACCACGCUCCGGCUCCUGUCUGUGACCUUUGUCUGUCAGUUGUUUUUAGUCUUAUCCCGUUUUGUGUUUUUAACUGUACUGUACUUCAUUUAACCGAACAGAACAAAAGGAGACGUCUUCAUAGUAGAUGUUUGUGUUUCUCACUAACUUUAUGACUGUAUAUUCUGUUGACUGGUUGCAAAAAAUGUUGUUUUAAAGAAGAUUUUUACAGAUGGAGACUUGUAUUGGCCCGCAUGGAAAGCGCUGUUGAUCAGUGCCGAAUGAAUGUUGCGUAUUCGGGAUUCAAACUGUUACUGCACUUGCAGUAACUAGAGUUUGCGUUACUCACGUCUGAACCACAAAUUGCUUCGUCCUGUGUGUUUGUGAGUGGAAGAGGCAAAUCGCUCCUAAUGUGGCGUACACAAGUAUUUGAUGUAAGAGUUGAGUGCCUUGGUCUUCAUGGAGUGGAUUCACAUGUUGUCUUGUUUGAAUGAGGACACACACAUAACACACAUCCACCUGCUUUUUGUCCCACCUGUUGCUAGACUGAACAUGUCCACCCGAUCAAGAGAUGGUCUGCAGCACAGAUCAGCAUUAAAGAUGAUUUUAUUGAGAUAUGAAACCCUAACCUUCCCAAACUUCUUAGAAUUUGUCUAACUUUUCUUCUUUUUUUCGUAUUUAUUCUCUUUGAAUUUAAAAUUCUUCUCUUUUUAACUGUGUUGUGCAUGUAGUCUCGGAGCUUUGAGCUUCUCCCUCAACAGUAUUCAUGUUUUGUUAUGUUUUCAUCAUGUUUAUUUUUUUCCCCUCAUGAGUUACUAAUAUUUUCCAUGUGGUAAUUCAUUUUUAACAGUCCGCCAGUAUAAUCAGAGGGUUGAUGGUUACCAUCGAGGGAUCAGAUAUGUAAUCUUCCUUUUCCAAUAAACCCUUUUUUUUUAAGCAGAAA